GGGGGGCCCGCCCCGUGGGGCGACACCGGCCCCGCUUCUGGGUCGGGAUCCUGCCGGCCCCGCCGCCAACCCCGCUCCGGAGGACGGAGGGAAGCAGCCCGUUUGCCCCCGCGUCGCGGCUCUUCUCGGAAAGCGUGAUCUACCAUUGGUGAAAGUUUUGAAGGAUUAAAUACUUGGAUUACUCCUUUAGGAUAGAUUGCCAGAAGUGGAGUUACUGGGUCAGAGGAAUGUGAAAGCCUUUGCGUCUUCUGAUAGUCUAGCCAAGGUCCAAGAAGUAGCAAGCUGGCUUUUGGAAAUGAAUCAGGAACUGCUCUCUGUGGGCAGCAAAAGACGACGAACUGGAGGCUCUUUGAGAGGUAACCCUUCCUCAAGCCAGGCAGAUGAAGAGCAGAUGAAUCGUGUGGUAGAGGAGGAACAGCAGCAGCAGCUGAGACAAGAGGAGGAACACACUGCAAGGAAUGGUGAAGUUGUCGGAGCAGAACCACGAUCUGGAGACCAGAAUGAUUCCCAGCAAGGGCAACUGGAAGAAAACAAUAAUCGGUUUAUUUCAGUAGAUGAGGACUCCUCAGGAAACCAAGAAGAGCAAGAGGAAGAUGAAGAACACGCUGGUGAACAAGAUGAGGAGGACGAAGAAGAAGAGGAAAUGGACCAGGAGAGUGACGAUUUUGAUCAGUCUGAUGACAGUAGCAGGGAAGACGAACACACGCACAGUAACAGUGUCACAAACUCCAGUAGUAUUGUGGACCUGCCUAUUCACCAACUCUCCUCCCCAUUCUAUACAAAGACAACAAAAAUGAAAAGAAAGUUGGACCAUGGUUCUGAGGUCCGCUCUUUUACUUUGGGAAAGAAACCAUGCAAAGUCUCAGAAUAUACAAGUACCACUGGGCUUGUACCAUAUUCAGCAACACCAACAACUUUCGGAGACUUGAGAGCAGCCAAUGGCCAAGGGCAGCAGCGACGCCGGAUUACAUCUGUCCAGCCACCGACAGGCCUGCAGGAAUGGCUGAAGAUGUUUCAGAGCUGGAGUGGACCAGAGAAAUUACUUGCUUUAGAUGAACUGAUUGAUAGUUGUGAACCAACCCAAGUAAAACAUAUGAUGCAAGUGAUAGAGCCCCAGUUUCAACGAGACUUCAUUUCCUUGCUCCCUAAAGAGCUGGCGCUGUACGUGCUUUCAUUCCUGGAACCCAGAGAUCUGCUGCAGGCGGCUCAGACCUGCCGCUACUGGAGGAUUUUGGCUGAAGACAACCUUCUCUGGAGAGAGAAAUGCAAGGAGGAGGGUAUUGAUGAGCCAUUGCACAUCAAGAGAAGAAAAGUAAUAAAGCCGGGAUUCAUCCACAGUCCAUGGAAAAGCGCGUAUAUCAGGCAGCACAGAAUCGAUACCAACUGGAGGCGAGGAGAACUCAAAUCGCCCAAGGUGCUGAAAGGCCAUGAUGACCAUGUAAUCACAUGCUUACAGUUCUGUGGGAACCGAGUCGUCAGUGGUUCUGAUGACAACACUUUAAAAGUUUGGUCUGCCGUCACAGGGAAAUGUUUAAGGACGUUGGUGGGACACACCGGAGGCGUGUGGUCAUCACAGAUGAGAGACAAUAUCAUCAUUAGUGGCUCUACAGAUCGGACGCUCAAAGUAUGGAAUGCAGAGACCGGAGAAUGUAUACACACCCUCUACGGCCACACGUCCACUGUGCGCUGCAUGCACCUCCAUGAGAAAAGAGUUGUGAGCGGUUCUCGAGACGCCACUCUUAGGGUCUGGGACAUUGAGACAGGCCAGUGUUUACAUGUCUUGAUGGGUCACGUAGCCGCGGUCCGCUGUGUUCAGUAUGAUGGCAGGAGGGUUGUUAGUGGAGCAUAUGAUUUCAUGGUGAAGGUGUGGGAUCCAGAGACCGAGACCUGUCUACACACGCUGCAAGGGCAUACCAAUAGAGUCUAUUCAUUACAGUUUGAUGGCAUCCAUGUGGUGAGUGGAUCUCUUGAUACAUCAAUCCGAGUUUGGGAUGUGGAGACAGGGAAUUGCAUUCACACGCUGACAGGCCACCAGUCAUUAACAAGUGGGAUGGAGCUCAAGGACAAUAUUCUCGUCUCUGGGAAUGCUGACUCCACAGUUAAAAUCUGGGAUAUCAAAACAGGACAGUGUUUACAAACAUUGCAAGGUCCCAACAAGCAUCAGAGUGCUGUGACCUGUUUACAGUUCAACAAGAACUUUGUCAUUACCAGCUCAGAUGAUGGAACUGUAAAACUGUGGGACUUGAAAACGGGUGAAUUUAUUCGCAAUCUAGUCACAUUGGAGAGCGGGGGGAGUGGGGGUGUGGUGUGGCGGAUCAGAGCCUCGAACACGAAGCUGGUGUGUGCGGUUGGGAGUCGGAACGGGACGGAGGAAACCAAGCUGCUGGUGUUGGACUUUGAUGUGGACAUGAAGUGAAGAGCAGAAAAAAGGAAUUUGUCCACACAUGUAGACGAUAAACUCCCUGCCCUUCCCCCCUGCGGAAAAAAACAGAAAAAAGUAAAAAAGAAAAAAAAAAAACAGAAAAAAAGGAGAAAAAAAAGGAAAAGAAAAAAAAUCCCUUGUUCUCAGUGGUGCAGGAUGUUGGCUUGGGGCAACAGAGCGCAAAGACCUACAGACCAAGAUGGGCAAGUGGAAGCAGGACCGAGCGGAGAGGAGGCUGCCGGCGCCGCCCGGGAUGCCUUCACUUCCGGCCGAGGGCGGCUUUGCAGGAGACUUUGAAACCAAACCAGGUGCAAUUCUUUCUUUCUUUUCUGCUCCAGUGGUCGUGGGACAGCGGGGCUGGAGUCUGCUCACUGUCCACCCCACGGAGACCUAAGAGAAAAGAGCCGCAAUAACAUCGACGUGAGGACGGUUGACUUUCCGGUGAAGAGAGCAUCUGCUGCAACAACAAAAAGUCAUUUAUUUUUUUUUUUUUUCUGGAGUGGAAAAGCUAAAAAAAAAUUUUUACUGUGAAUUGUUUUUGUACAGUUAUCAUGAAAAGCUUUUUUUUUUUUUUUGCCAACCAUUGCCAAUGUCAAUCAAUCACAGUAUUAGCCUCUGUUAAUCUAUUUCCUGUCGCUUCCACAUACACUCUUCAGUGCACAUGUUGCUCAAAAGGGGGCAAGUUGUCCUGGGUUCCUGAGUCCUGAGAUGGAUGGAAUUCUCGAUGCUGGUGCUAGAAGUAGGUCUUCAACUAUGGGAUCGCCGUCCCAGCCUGUACUGUACUCCCAGUGGCCAAACUUAUUUAUGCUGCUAAAUGAAAGAAAGAAAAAAAGCAAAUUAUUUUUUUUUAUUUUUUUUUUUCUGCUGUGACGUUUUAGUCCCAGACUGAAUUCCAAAUUUGCUCUAGUUUGGUUACGAAAAAAAAAAAAAGACUUUUUUGCCACUGAAACUUGAACCAUCUGUGCCUCUAAGAGGCUGAGAAUGGGAGAGUUUCAGAUAAUAAAGAGUGAAGUUUGCCUGCAAGUAAAGAAUUGAGAGUGUGUGCAAAGCUUAUUUUCUUUUAUCUGGGCAAAAAAUUAAAACACAUUCCUUGGAACAGAGCUCUUACCACCUGUUCUGUGGAGAAACUUUUCUUUUUGAGGGCUGUGGUGAAUGGAUGAAAGUACAGAAGAAACUGACAAAAUAUUUUAAAAAUAUAUAAAACAAAAUUCAAAUAAAGUUGCUGGUCAGUCUUAGUGUUUUACAGUAUUGGGGAAACAACUGUUACAGUUUUAUUGCUCUGAGUAACUGACAAAGCAGAAACGAUUCAGUUUUUGUAGUAAAGGCAUCACAAGCAAACAAAUGAAUGAAAAUCAGAUGGUUUGCCUCAUUCUCCAAGAGCCACAACUCAAGCUGAACUGUGAAAGUGGUUUAACACUGUAUCCUAGGCGAUCUUUUUUUCCUCCUCCUGUUUAUUUUUUUGUUUGUUUUUAUUUAUAGUCUGAUUUAAAACAAUCAGAUUCAAGUUGGUUAAUUUUAGUUAUGUAACAACCUGACAUGAUGGAGGAAAACAACCUUUAAAGGGAUUGUGUCUAUGGUUUGAUUCACUUAGAAAUUUUAUUUUCUUAUAACUUAAGUGCAAUAAAAUGUGUUUUUUCAUGUUA